AGAGAGAGGCAUGGGGCAUAAGAGUCAUGUUCAUAGUGUAUAAGGGAAGAGAGAGAAAGAAUGGAAACUGGAGAUUAACCCAGUUUCUUAUUCAGCAGUCUGUGGUGACGAUGAACUCAGAUUAGGUUUAGAUCGAAUCAGAAACAGUUGUUUUGCCGACAUUAACUCUUGGGACAUGGAGAAUCGUCCAAUGGAUACUGUAACGGUCGAAUCUUUGGAAAAUUGCUGCCAUGUUAUCAAUGACCACAUGGAGUCCAUACCACAGCAAGAGGUGUGCAGUGAUCAUGGAGGCCACCGGGAGAACGAAAACAAAGCAGGACCGCAUUUAUUCUACUGUCAACAGUCUUAAGAAAACGCCUGGAGAAAGAAGACGUUUCCACAUCCUAGAGGUAAACAAGAGAGCUGAGCACAAAGGAAAGGUUACACCACCGCUUCCUUUUACCACAUUAGAGAAUCUGUUCAGAGACUCGGUGAUGGCUCACAGAAGACAGGACCUCGAUGAUCACUACAGUGACAACAGCAGCUCUCUGGUGGGCAGCACGCUGUCCAGAUCCAACGGAGGAAACAUAAAGGACAAAAUAUCUCUGUGGGAGAGAAAUGAACCUUCUCAUUCAGCCAUGACUUCAGGUUCCGCAGGUCAGGGCACUCUGAAAAGGACAGAACAACGGACAAGAAAUCCUUCUGCUGAGCUGGAAGACGACAGCUCCAAGGAAGAGUCAAGCGAGGAAAAGGAAAAGAGAAAAAACGGCCUGAAAGACUCUAAAGUUAAACCAAGACCGUGUUCACCAGCUGAAAAUGGGAAACAACCAAAAGAGACAUUCAGGAACGGUUCGCUCUUUAAAAACCACCUGGAGAAGGACUCUAAUAUAAAACACAGUAGAGAUCUGGAUAAAGAGAAUGUGGAGAAGGUCAGAAGUUCAGGGCAGGGUCCAGCAAUGGAGCCUAAGCAGCAGCAGGAGGUGGUAGGAGUAAUGAAGAAAACCACGGACAAGAGAGCUGCGGAAAAAAGCAACCAAGAGACGAGGGCGGUGUUCAGUCUCUUUAAGAAACUUGAAGCCAUGGGGGAGAACAGUGGGAGAACUCCCCCAGAGCUGGGGAACUACUUCAGCCCUCCUGGUAAGGACAAACAGGUGGAGAAGAGGAAGAAAGAGGAGCAUCCGAAAGAACACGUGUACACGGAACCUGGGUCGCUGCCCAUCAACCCGGUCCCAAAACCCAAACGGACUUUCCAGCAUCCUGCCGUUGAGCACAGGGGAUCGAACCUGAGACCAAUCAGAGGAGAGAGGAACCUGCCGCCUCUGCCAUCCACGUCCACGAGAUCUUCUGGGGUCUCCAGGAGAACCAGGCCCGAGAGAGUCAACAUCAACAGGAGGUCGUUUGAGUUCAGAGACCACGAAGGGUCCAUCGAGUCGCUCCUCUGUCGUUCUCUGUCACAGGAACAUCACUACGAGGACAUCCUGGAUACUUCCAAAGAGAACCCAUAUGAAGACAUAGAGUUGGAGAGUCAGUGCUCCCAGCAGUCUUUGCCCCCCUCCCCUGGGGCUGACAAGGUUAAGACAUCUUUGCCCCCCUCCCCUGGGGCUGACAACUACAAGUUCUCAAAACCAGGCUUCUUCAGGACGAAUUCUGGCAAAAGCCUAAAACAGGCAGAUGUGCAGAAAACCUACCUACAGUCCCACAGAUCCAACAGAGGGGGCGUUGCAUCUCCCCCCCAGCUCAGCCCUCCCUGCACCCCUACUGCUCCUGAACACACGUCCACCUGGACGCAAGGGGAUCCCUGCAACCGCACCUGCCGCAGGAUACCCACGAUGGUGCUGAGAAUCAACAGCAUCUUUGAAGGUCGUGUUAGGAAGAAACACCUUAGGAGGAUCUAUCACUACGCUGAGACAAGCUCUGGUCGAGCAACAGAUGACAACAGCGACUCUGAGAGUGAAAUUGAAGAAAGAGGAAGAGCUCACCGUCACCGCCUUGUGGCGGUGAAGUCCAGACUGAACCAGCAAAAUCAGAGCCAUGUUCACUCUAAUGGCACUGACAGCAGAAAAGGCUGUUUGGAAAAGGAGCGGAAUCAGCGCAAGCUCUUUGAGUAUUUUCUGGUAGUUUCGCUGCAGAAGUCGAAGAAUGGCGCCCUCUAUCUGCCACAGGUCACACAGCAGUUCCCGCCAAAGCUGGAGAGGAACUUCAAGUUCAUGAAGGAAACAGAGGAUCAGCUGAAGAUCAUUCCUCAGUUUUGUUUCCCUGACGCCAAAGACUGGGAGUCGGUGGACGAUUACCCGAGUGAGAUGUUCUCCUUUGUUCUGACCGGAGAGGAUGGGAGCAGGAGGUUCGGAUACUGCCGGCGCUUACUGCCAAGUGGGAAAGGCAAACGUCUACCAGAGGUCUACUGUAUCGUCAGCCAUCUUGGCUGUUUCAACCUGUUCUCAAAGGUGUUGGAUGAGGUGGAGAGACGCAGAGCUCUGUCUCCAGCCUUGGUGCAGCCUUUCAUGAGAGCCAUCAUGGAGGCCCAGUUUCCAGCACCAGGCAGAACUAUCACUGUCAAAACCUUCCUCCCUGGUUCAGGCACUGAGGUGAUGGAGCUCUGUCGUCCCUCUGACUCCCGCCUGGAGCAUGUGGACUUUGAAUGUCUCUUCUCGUGUUUAAGUCUGCGCCUCCUUCUUGGAGUGUUUGGUUCUCUGCUGCUGGAGAGAAGAGUCAUCUUCACUGCCGACAACCUCAGUACCCUCUCCCAGUGUUGUCACGCGGUGGUGGCGCUCUUGUACCCCUUUGUAUGGCAGCACACUUACAUCCCUGUGUUGCCCUCGGCUAUGCUGGACAUCGUCUGCACUCCGACCCCGUUUAUUGUGGGCCUGUUGUCCAGCUCUCUGCCCCAGCUCACUGAACUGCCCCUGGAGGAGGUCCUUGUUGUGGAUCUGGGCAAGAGUCGGUUUCUCAGACAGUUGGAUGACGAGGACUCCAUCCUGCCAUUGAAGCUUCAGUCAGCACUGGAGAAUGUUCUAGAACGGAGGAAAGAGCUCGCAAAUGAGCGAGGAGGAGACGCAGCUUCUGAUUCUGCACACCUGAGCACCGUUGUGUCCGAGGCCUUUGUCCGUUUUUUCGUGGAGCUGGUAGGCCAUUAUCCGCUCUUCAUCACUGGCGAACGGGAAGACGGGUACUCGUCCUCGUCCUCCUCCCCUGUGCCCUGCGCCUUCCAGUGGGAACGUUUCAGGAAAUCCAUCCCGUCCAAGACUGUCCGCCGCUUCCUGGAGGUGUUCAUGGAGACCCAGAUGUUCAGCUGCUUCAUUCAGGAGCGGGAGCUCUACCAGUACACCUUAAAAGGACUGUUUGAAGUCAGGGUACAGGAAUAUCUGGACUCCAUUCAUGAGAACGAACACCGGAGAGUGAACAGGUUCCUCAAAGGCCUCGGAAACAAAAUGAAAUUUCUGUCCAAGAAAUGAAGCAACACGACUCUUGACCAGCAAUGACACGAGAAUAAAUAACAAACAAACCCAGAAGGGACUUUAGUUCAGUACCAGCCCAGGGACCGUCCUCCAAUGACUGACUGACAGAUGGAAGCUGCAGUGAUUAACAACCUGUUUAAAGUCCUUUUUAUUAUUAUUAUUUUAUAUAUUUGUCAUAUAAAUAUACAGUAAUUUAUAGUUUACUUAUUUUGUCAAUGUACUAUUAUUUGACUUGAACGUUUGUAGGUACGAUGUCUUUUUUAAUCCAGCAGAGGGCAGUAGUUGAUUUUCUCUGGUUAAAUGAUCUCGCUGACAGGGAUUGACCAGUGGCCUGUUUUACUGCUUUUAAAUUUUCUA